UUAAUUUUCCUAUAAAAUAAAUAGUUGGCCCUAAAUAAAAAAAAAAGAAGAAGAAAACCAGAACCCCAUAUAAUGCGAGGACACGUGUCCUUACACCCUGUGCAGUUGUGGAGCCCAAAGGCAGCCGGAAGGAAAAAUCACACUCGUUGAGCAACUUUGGUGGUUGCACUCCCACCUGAUUUUUGCGUCCUCUCUCUCUCUCUCUCUCUCUCAUCUUUGCUACCCCAGAAGAUGAACCCUACUAAAUCUUUAAAAUUGUCGAUUUUCAUGUAAAUCAUUUUACAGUCUCAGAUCCUUAAAGUUUUCUUGUAUUUGAUUUUUCUCAAAGUUUCAAACUUUAAGGCAAUUUCAAGAACAAGAUUCCCUCUUUUGAGGUAAGGGAGUUAAAGGGUGUUCUUUUUUAUUUAUUGGAUCCGUUGGGUAUUCUUGGUUUUUAGAUGGGUUUUGGUUGUUAAGGUGUUUGGUUUCCCCCCCCCCCCCCCCCCCAAAAAAAUAAAAAUCGUUUCUUGAAGUAAGGGAUUUACAGCAGGGUAUCUUUUCUAAUUGAAGAUUUUGUAUGGAUUUUGGGUUGCUUUAGGCAUAUUUUCUUGAGUUUGAUGGUAAAGGGAUUUUGCUUGUAUCUGAGAUCAAUUUUUUUAAAAUUAGGUAUUGUAAUGGUAUGCUGGUGAAUCUGGGAAUAAAAUGUUAAAAUGGGUCAAAAUUGAUUAAGAAAAUAUUGUGCUUGGAAUUUUAACUUAGACUCUCUCUAGGUGUUAGCGUGCUAUAGUAGUAGCCACUUGGUUUCUUGUGCUUCAAUGGAUGACAUUGAGGAUAAUGGGAGAUAUCCACCUAACCCUUAUGGCAUGAACCAUGGUUAUGAGUCAUCCAAUCGCCAGAAGCUUCCUGUUCACGACACUUGUUAUUCAAGGCAUGUCGACAAUCAAUAUGUGGAGGAGGCGGAUGAUGAUGAAGAUGUUGAUGGCGAAGAAGAAGAAGAAGAUGAUGAUGGUGAUGAAAAUGGUGUUCAGCGGAUAGGGGAAGAAGAUGAUGAUGAUGAUGAUGAUGAGUAUGGUGAUUCGCAGAGACAUCAAAAGAAGAGGAAGUUAAAGAGCUUAUUAUCAAGUUAUGAGUUUGCACCUCGAGUACCACCACCAUCUACUACAGAGGCAACUGCUCUCAAGCCUUCAUUUGGUGGUAGGAAUCCACUUUCAGAUUGGUCUGAACAUGAGACAUUUAUUUUGCUUGAUGCAUGGGGUACUAGGUUUGUUCGACAUGGGAGGAAGAGUCUUCGAUUAGAGGAAUGGCAAGAAGUUGCAGAGAGAGUGUCACGGGGAUCUAAAAUUGAGAGGACGGACACCCAGUGUCGUAACCGUUUGGAUACUCUGAAAAAGAAAUACAAAAAGGAGAAGAUGAAGUUUGGAGAGACUGGGAGUACCACUAGUAAGUGGGUGUACUUCAAAAAGAUGGAUAAGUUACUAACAUCAACUUCCCAGAAAGCAGGCGUUUCAUGUGGAAUGGACUCUGGAGAGUAUGUUUUCAUGAGCCCAAAAGCUUAUCUGAAUCAUGCUAAUGGCUUGGAUGAGAUGAGAGACAGUCCUGCUAACUCUGAAUCUGCUGAUGGUGAGGACGAUGGUUCAGAGGAUCUUCCACCAAAAAGAUCAAGAAAUGUACAAUCGGGAGGGAAUAGGAAUGUACAUUCUUUCAAAUUAAUAGCAGAUUCUAUCCAUAAAUUUAGUGAGAUAUAUGUGAAGAUUGAGAAUAGCAAGAGACAGCAAAUGCUGGAACUGGAGAAAAUGAGGAUGGACUUCCACAGAGAAUUGAAAUUGCAAAAGAGGCAGAUUGUGGAGAGAGCUCAGGCAGAAAUUGCAAGAAUACGUCAAGGAAGUGAUGAAGAGAACGGCAUGUCUGCUGAAAAUGUUAGUCCAUGAUUAGCCAGAUUAUCUCUCUAUUCGUUCCAUGUUGGCUAUUUUCCAUUGUUGCAUUAUAUCUUGCAUGUUAGUUUCUCACCGUUGAUGGCAAUAUAUAUGUAAGUCAACUUAAUGUGAUGUAAGAAUGUAAAUGUAGUUUCAACAGUCAAUAAUAACAUUAUGGAGAUCACAAUCGUA